CAAUAUGAUGGAAUAGAGGAAUAAAUCAAAGGUUUCUUAAAUUUCAUCUCUAACAAGUACAUAGUUUUGAACUUUUUAGUGCAGAAAUGGGGAUUGGAGAACUUGCAUUGUUUAUGCUCUACGCCUUUCUCUGCCAACUUUCUUUCUCCUCAUCUUUACGUCAUUUGUGCCGCAAAGAUCAGGCUCGUGCUUUGCUACAAUUCAAGAAGACAUUUACCAUAAAUUCUGAUGCUUCUGGUUGCUCUCAAUCUUAUGGAAAAACUCUUUCGUGGAAUAGGAGCGCGGAUUGCUGUUCAUGGGAUGGAGUUUAUUGUGGUGAAACGACAGGACAUGUAAUCGAGCUUGAUCUCAGUUGCAGCCAAAUUCAAGGGAAGUUUCAUUCCAAUAAUAGCCUCUUUCGACUCUCCAAUCUCAAAAGGCUUGAUUUGUCUUUUAAUGAUUUCUCCGGAUCGCGUAUUUCGCCUAAAUUUGGUGGAUUGUCUAACUUAACACAUCUUGAUCUAUGGGGUUCAAGUUUUACAGGUCAAAUUCCUCCUGAGAUCUCUUAUCUUUCUAAGUUAAACGUCCUUCGUAUCUGGAGUGAAGAUCCUUAUACGCUUACAUUUGGACCUAACCAUUUUGAACUGAUCCUUAAAAACUUGACUCAAUUAAGAGAGCUUGAGCUUUACGAUGUGAACAUAUCUUCCACCAUUCCUCAAAAUUUCUCUUCUUAUUUAACAACUAUACAACUUCUGAACGGACAAUUAUGUGGGACAUUGCCCGAAAGAAUUUUUCACCUUCCCAACUUGAAACUUCUUGAGUUAUCGUACAAUUCCCAGCUCACAGUUAGCUUACCGAUGACCAAAUGGAAUUGCAGUACAUCUCUCAUGAACUUAUAUCUCUCUAGCGUGAAGUUUAAUGGUAAGAUACCUGAAUCAAUGAGCUAUUUAACUUCACUGCAUGACUUGGACAUGAGUUCUGGUAAUCUUUCGGGCCCUAUUCUUAAACCUCUAUGGAAUCUCACCAACAUAGAAAAUUUGUCCCUUGAAAAUAACAAUCUUGAAGGAACGAUUUAUCCAUUCUUCAAAUUUGGAAAACUAAGGGGGUUAAGACUUUGGGGAAACAACUUUACCGGUUCGAUUCCUUCCAAUGUUAGUGGUCUCCAAAACUUACAAUCACUCUACUUGUCAUCAAACAACUUGAAUGGGAGUAUACCAUCCUGGAUAUUCUCCCUCCCAUCACUAUCUUGGUUAUACUUGAGCGAUAACCAUUUCAGUGGAAAAAUUCCGGAGUUCAAGUCCCAAUCAUUAAUCGUAGUUACACUGAAACAAAAUCAGCUGGAAGGUCCUAUUCCAAAGUCACUCCUAAACCAACAGAACCUAGGAUUUCUUCUCCUUUCGCAGAAUAAUUUCAGUGGACAGAUUUCUUCAACUAUCUGCAAUCUAAAAACACUGAUAGUGUUAGAUUUGGGAAGCAAUAAGUUGAACGGAACAAUCCCACAGUGUUUGGGUGAGAUCACUGAACAUGUGUUGGUUUUGGAUUUAAGCAACAAUCGUCUCAGUGGGACGAUUAAUACUACUUUUAGUAUUGGAAACCAACUGAGCGUCAUCAAAUUGCAUGGAAAUAAGCUAGAGGGGAAAGUCCCGCGAUCUUUGAUCAACUGCAAGUAUUUGGAACUUCUCGAUUUAGGUGACAAUGAGUUGAAUGACACAUUUCCAAAAUGGUUAGGAACUCUGCCGAAUUUGAAACUUCUAAGCUUGAGAUCAAAUAAGUUGCAUGGUCCUAUCAAAGCUUCAAAGAACAAAAAGCUGUUUGCCCAACUUCAAAUUAUGGAUCUCUCAUCUAAUGGGUUUAGUGGGAAUUUACCAGCAAGUCUUUUUGAGAAUUUCCAAGCCAUGAAGAUAAUCGAUGAGAACGUGAGAGACCCAUGGUAUGUAGGAGAUCAAUAUGGUAUAUUUUAUGAUUCUGUGAUGACAAUUACAACAAAGGGAUUGGAUCUUGAGUUUGCUCGAGUUUUGACUACAAACAUAAUCAUCAAUCUCUCAAGGAAUAGAUUUGAAGGUUAUAUUCCAAGUAUUAUUGGAGAUCUCGCUGCACUCCGCACGUUGAACCUAUCUCAUAAUCGCUUGGAAGGUUGUAUACCAGCAUCAUUACACCAGUUAUCUGUACUUGAAUCAUUGGAUCUCUCAUUUAACAGAAUUGGUGGAGGGAUACCGCAACAACUUGCAUUUCUCACAUCACUUGAAGUUCUAAAUCUCUCUCACAAUCAUCUCGUUGGAUGCAUCCCCAAAGGAAAACAAUUUGACACAUUUGAGAAGAGUUCAUACCAAGGGAAUGAUGGAUUACGUGGAUUUCCACUGAGUAAAGAUUGUGGUGGUGAUGAUGGUGUACCACAAGCAAUAACUCCAGUUGAGCUGGACGAAGAAGAAGAAGAAGAUUCACCAAUGAUCAGCUGGCAAGCGGUUCUCAUGGGUUACGGUUGUGGAUUUGUUAGUGUACUCUCCAUAAUAUACAUAAUGUUGUCAACACAAACUCCAGCAUGGUUUUCAAGGAUGGUUGAUGAAUGGGAAUACAAAAUUGUUACGAGAAUGCAAAAGCACAAGAAAAGAUAUUAAUGUGUGAGCUCCAGGUUCCGAGUCUACCGAUUAGAUGGAAUGCAAAUACAAGCUUUUAUUUUCAUAGAUUCUGAUGUUGCAUCUUAGACUUUUACUACUACAUCUUGUUGUAUUAUAUUGUUUUUUUUUUUUUCUGAUUGUUGCUACUGCCUUAUUUUACAUUUCUCUUUGAGAGGAGGAUCUUGUUAGAAAUAUCUCUACCUUCAAGGUAGGGGUAAGGUCUACGUACACAUGAUCCUCCUCAAUAGCCCAACUGUGCGAUUACAAUUGUUUUUUUUUGUUUUGUUGUUGUUGGUAGUUUCUAAUGUGUCAUGAAGUGUUUGUUAGCCUAUGAAUUAAGCCGUGAAUCCUCUUCCUUUGUGCCUCAA